AUGUUCCAGGACAGUGCUGGCGGAGAUGUGACGAAGUGGGGGUGGUUGGAAGUUUCAAUGGACAGAAUCAGUACGAGAGUUCUCAUUGAUGGAGAAUAUGACCGCAUCACCCUCCGUCCCAACAAACCCAGAGAUCUAUCGCACCACGAAGUCCUUGCACUUCCAAGCCUCCACUUCGUGGUCCGCAGAGACCAAAUCAUGGUCUCCAACUCCAAGCCAUCGCUCUAUCUCUUCCUGCCUUCGUACAGUGCAAGCCAGAGAUUUCCCGGUACCGCCAUAGCCUCGCGCUUUAAAGCUUUCAGACCUCCACGCAUCCAGAUCGCGGACACCAUGCCGCAGGUAAUUAUCCAAAUGACCAUAAUCACGCAAAGACCGAAGUCCUCCCGCGUAAAUUCCUUGAACCCGCCCCUCUCGAUUGACUUGCUGAAGCACAGUAGAAAGCUAAGUGUCGCACUGAUAAGGAAAUGGGCGGUCAUGGCUUUGCGGUCCUCCGUCCGAUCUGUCAAGAUCAAGAGGAUCAAGCUGAUGAUAGAGCUGAGAUACGCCACUGUCAAGGCGAGCGCAAGGGCGAUCACCAGAAAUUCGGGUACGGACUCGCCAACGCCGAGGGUAAAGUUGGUCGUGAUUGAAAGGGUGGUGGUGACGAGCUCCACGAAAACUAUUGAGCGGAGGGGCGAUAUGUCUGAUGUUCCUGAUGAUGGGCUAGCUGGUAUGGCCAUGCUUGCGUUGCAAUCGGAGCAAGGGAAGGGAGGUGCUCCUGAUGUCGAUGCUGCUGCGGUUCUGUGUUCUGGUGCGGUGCCGAUAGAAUAG